GUUCUCCUUAGAUACUCCAUUCACUUCACUCUCCACUCCACACUUCCUUCCUAUUUCCUACAACCUCAAUCCAAAAUCAAUCCUAUACUUAGAUAUUUUCCAACUUCUUCCAACUUUCAACCUCUUAUUUGUUUUAAAGUUUUUUUAUUCUUUUGGUUCACCUCCACCAGCUCAGGACUCAGAAGUAAAACACAAACCUUUUUUUGCCUCUUCCUUUUCCACCACAAUCUCUUCUUUUUUUACUUAACACAUGGAGUUACGCACCGCAAUUCUUCAAUCCUCUUCUUCGCUUCCUCCGAGGUUUCACACUCUCAAACCCACUCCAGAUUUCGCCUUCCCCUUCUCAUUAUUCGUUUCAAACCCACUUCGACUUUCGUGUUUCACUUUUGUUUCCAAAGGAGAUGAUCCUAAUUCCUGUUAUGCUAACUUGUUUCUUGGUCAAGCAGACCAGCAGCAUUCCUUUCCAGUCACUGCACGCGACACAAGAGCAGUGCUGAAUUGUAUCAGUGAAGGGUUGUCAUGUACCGGUGCCUCCAGUGGUGAUUGUUCUUGUGAUGAUAAAAGGGAUGAUGAUGAAGAUGCCAUGGGGUUCUUGAAUAACUAUGAAAUGAUCAUUAGAGAUUGUGACAAGCUAAUUGAGGCUUUCAUGGUUGACGAGAGAAAUUGGAGGAGGCUGUUAGUUUUCAACAAAAAGUGGAAUAAUAUUAGGCCCCAUUUUUUUAGACACUGUCAGGAUAAAGCAGACACAGAAGACAAUCCGGUGACGAAGAACAAGCUGCUCUGGCUUGGAAAGAAGCUUAAAGAGAUAGAUCAAGAGUUGCAGGGGCACAAUGAACUUAUCGAAAUGAUCAAAGGGAAUCCAUCUAAAAUUUGUGAAAUUGUCUCCAGCAGUCGUAAAGAUUUCACAAAAGAAUUUUUUAUGCAUCUUCAUACAAUAGCUGAAUCUUAUGGAUACAAUCUCGAAAGGCAAAAUGAUUUGUUAAAGCUUUGGAACACGUGCUUGGCUGCUGUAAAAGUCUACGAUGCUGCAACUGAAAGCAUUGAGGCACUAAAUGCUGCAGAGUUGAAUUUCCAAGAUAUUAUCAAGUCUCCCCCGGAUGCUUUCUGCUGGAAGAUAGACAAUUUAGCUGAGAAAAGUCAAUGCUUCAAUCCAGAAUUAGUAGCUCAUUGGCUGCGAUUGUGUUAUAAUAUGGAAGAAGUAGGAAGGGUACACACAAUUGUCUUGAAAUUUUUUAUACAUCCAGUUACUUAUGUAGAUAAUAAUUUGAUUUGUAGUUAUUUAAGAUUGGGCAAGUUAGCUCAGGCUCGUAGAGUGUUUGAUGGAAUGUCAAGAAAGAAUACAGUUACGUGGACUGCUAUAAUUGAUGGAUAUUUAAAAUUUAACUUGGAUGAUGAAGCUUUUAAGUUAUUUCAAGAUUGUGUUAAACAUGGUGUUCCAGCAAACAGUAAGAUGUUUGUCUGUAUCAUGAAUUUGUGUGGUAGAAGAGUGGAUUUAGAGCUUGGGAAACAAAUCCAUGCUCGGAUUUUGAAAAGCAGAUGGAGGAAUUUAAUUGUUGACAAUGCAGUUGUUCACUUUUAUGCAAAAUGUGGCAAUAUAUCAAGUGCAUUUCGAGCAUUUGAUUGUAUGGCUGAGCGAGAUGUAAUAUGUUGGACAACUAUGAUUACUGCUUGUUCCCAACAAGGGUUUGGACAUGAAGCCUUGUCAAUGUUGUCACAAAUGCUAAGUGAUGGGUUCUAUCCUAAUGAAUAUACUAUAUGUAGUGCACUAAAGGCUUGUGGAGAGAACAAAGCAUUGAAAUUUGGGACACAGCUGCAUGGUGCCAUAAUAAAGAAAAUCUGCAAGAGUGAUGUUUUUAUAGGAACUUCCCUAGUUGAUAUGUAUGCAAAAUGUGGAGUGAUGGUGGAUUCUAAAGUAGUGUUCGAUAGAAUGAGAAUUAGAAAUACAGCUACUUGGACUUCUAUUAUAUCAGGAUAUGCUCGGAAUGGGUUUGGUGAAGAGGCCACAAGCUUCUUUCGAUUAAUGAAGAUGAAAAGAAUACAUGUUAAUAAGUUGACAGUUUUAAGUGUCUUGAUGGCUUGUGGCACAAUUAAGUCUUUGCUAUUUGGAAGAGAAGUUCAUGCACAGAUAAUUAAAAGUAAUAUCCAUACCAACAUAUAUGUAGGAAGCACUUUGGUAUGGUUCUAUUGCAAAUGUAAAGAAUACUCCUAUGCUUUCAAGGUGCUCCAAUAUAUGCCUUUCAGGGAUGUUGUUUCAUGGACUGCCAUUAUCUCUGGUUGUGCCAGGCUCGGGCUUGAACAUGAGGCUCUGGAGUUUUUGCAGGAAAUGAUGGAAGAAGGCGUGUUGCCUAAUUCCUAUACUUACUCGUCAGCCUUGAAAGCUUGUGCAGAACUGGAAGCUCCAAUUCAAGGAAAGUUAAUUCAUUCCUACGCGAGCAAGACCCCUGCCUCGUCUAAUGUAUUUGUAAACAGUGCUUUAAUAUAUAUGUAUUCAAAAUGUGGAUAUGUUGCUGAUGCUUUUCAAGUUUUUGACAACAUGCCGGAGAGGAAUGUGGUUUCUUGGGAAUCCAUGAUAUUGGCUUAUGCAAGGAAUGGGCAUGCUAGAGAGGCUCUGAAGCUCAUGCAUAGAAUGCAAGCUGAAGGUUUUGUGGUGGAUGAUUAUAUCCAUACAACAGUUAUUAGUGCAUGUGGAGGCGUUGAGCAUGGAGACAUUCAUCAGGAUAGUGAGUAUUCUUCACAUUACUUGCAUUCCUAGUAAUCUUCUACAAGAUAGGAGCAUCAAUGAACAUUGUAGAACAAGUGAAUGUACUAAUUAUAGCAGCUAAAGGAUAAUGUAUAGGCAGUAGAUGAGGAUGAUACAUAGUGAUUUUUUGUAACAAUGUGCCACCAAAUGCUAGUAAUGGCCUUCUUUUGUUUUC